GUACUUUGAGAAGCCAAAGCCUCUCUGAUCAUAACUUGUGGCCUUGUCAGGGUUCACUCUCAGAUGGGUCAUCACCAAUACACUCCCACUCCCCACACCCUUUAUAGACCCCACACAUUCUCCCCUUCCCUUCUCCGUUACAAAUCUCGACUCGACUCGAUUCGACUCGUCUAGUCUCAAUUUAAUUCUUUUAUCACUAUUCUCUUCCUCCUCCUCUACUAUAACCGAUUGUUUUUAAUUCUCUCCCGGGUUGUAGCGUAGGGUUUCCGAAACCACUCGAAAACCACCGUAUACUUUCAUGGACAAGAGUACCAGUGAACGAGAGACUCAUGAUUUCAUGAACGUUGAGUCCUUCUCUCAACUUCCAUUCAUCCGUCCUACGCCAAAAGAAAAGGGCAUUAGACUUUUUGGAAUAGAAUUCGGAAGUCGAAAUGUCUCCGCUUCCUCCGUAGAGGAAUCGGAAUCCGGCGAGACUAUUAUUGCAUGCGAAGAUGCGAAAGAGAACAACGACAACAACAACGGCGGAGAAAGUAGUCGGAGAUUUGAAUGUCAUUAUUGUUGUAGAAAUUUCCCUACUUCUCAAGCCUUAGGAGGACAUCAAAAUGCCCACAAAAGAGAGCGCCAACAUGCAAAAAGGGCUCACCUUCAGUCAAAUGCAACCGCUAUGGUUCAUGGAAUUGGAGCCUUUUCAGAUGCGGCUCAUGUUUAUGGGCUCAUGAACUACCAACGCUUAGGCGCCACUCCUUCUAGCCUUCAGAUUAAUAAUUACCCUUCUUGGAAUAGAAAUUCACCCGCCGCAGCCGCAGCCAGAUUUUACGGUAGCCCUGGUGGGCAGUAUUCUCCGACAGCGGCUGCAACGCCUAUAAACGGGAGCCCAUUGGCGAUGUGGAGAAUCUCGGCCGUUCAAAAUAAUAAUGUACCGUCGUUUGGCGGUCGGGAGCGGUCGUCCUUGCACCCGUUGCCGAUGUUUUCUGGAGAUGAGAUGAUGAAAGGCGGCAGCGGCGGUGGCACCACCGUGACUGGUGGUGGGUCCGACGGGUCUCAUCAGACCGGCCGGUUUGUUUACGAAGCAAAAACGGCGGACCAACUCCUGCACACUACAUGGAUUUUAUCCCUAGCACGGGGCCACUCGCUCGACCAACAACAACGUCAUCGUAAAGAACAGUGUGGGCAACCGAAAGCCACUCGUUUUCGAAGUCGGGACUGAAAAAGGAAGAGGGGGGCAAGAAAAAGAAAAGAAAAGGAAAGGAAAGAAAGGAAUCUACAUGAAUGUGUUGAAUGGAAGAAGGAAGAAGCAUAAGCCUGAAGUGAAGGGUACAUAUGGAUAUGUAGAUCAUGUGGGGUUUUUGGAGUGCUAAGAGGGGGGACCAUAGCCAAGCUGCUGAUAGCUUAGCAAAGAUAUUGGAAUAUAUGGGCUGUGAUGUUAGAUUGGAAAUUUAGAGGUAGUGGAAUGGGAAUGAAUGGGAGGGUCAUUCCCAUUUUUCAAAGCAAAAAUAUAUAUAUAAUUAUAAGAAAAAUAUAUGGGUGCAUCUUCGGUUGUUAUUUUUUAUUUUUUUCUUUUUUUCAUCUCACCCAAUUGUUUAACUAUAGUUUGUCAUGUGUCAAAUUUUUUUUUAAAAAAAAAAAAA